UAAAGCUUUCAUAGCUGUAUCUAUGCAUGUCACAUGGCAUAAUGUUUUGUUGCCAGUCUCUUCAAGCCAGAUGAUUUGGCAUGGAGAGAGAUAAUAGUGAGAUGAUAAAUUUUGAUCCUAUGAGACAAGAUUUAUAUUGGCUUGUCAACUCUUGUUUAUUAAAAUAUUAUAAUAUUUCUUUGGUGUCUACACCAUUUAUGUUCAUCAUGGGAAAAGUAAAUAGAUUAUCCGGUGAUAUUAGUGCCAAAGGUAAGACAAUCUUGAUUACUGGUUGUAAUAGAGGAAUUGGUCGGACAACAGCCAUUGAUCUUGCUCGAAGAGGUGCUUCAGUCAUCAUGGCUUGUCGCAAUAUUGAAGCUGCAUCAAAGGUUGCUGAAGAAAUUAAAAGUGAAACUGGGCAACAAAGUGCGACGAUAAUAUCACUUGAUUUAUCAUCACUUUCUUCAAUCAAAAAGGCAGCUGAUGAAAUCAAUAGUAAAUAUGAUAAAAUUGAUAUUCUUAUCAACAAUGCGGGAAUCUAUGGAUCAGCUGAUAGAAAGAUAACUGAAGAUGGAAAUGAAAUGCAUUUCCAAUCAAAUCAUUUGGGGCCAUUUCUUUUAACUCGAUUAUUGUUACCCAAACUGAAAGCUAGUUCACCUUCAAGAAUUGUUAAUGUUUCCUCUGAAGCUCAUCGAUUAACUCGUUCAAUUGAUUUAGAUGAUGUCAACUUUGAGAAAAAGUAUUCCUCCUUCAAUGCUUAUUGUGUUACUAAAUUGGAAAACAUUUUAUUCACUAAUUACUUGGCUAGAGAACUCAAAGACUCUGGUGUUACCGUGAAUGCUCUUCAUCCCGGUACUAUCGAAACUGGUCUACUUAAUAAUUCAGCUUUCUCUAAAUACUUCUAUGGUUGGUUAGGUCCACUAAAACGCUUAUUUGUCAAAAGUGAUGAAGAGGGAGCUCAAACAACAGUUUAUUGUGCUUUGGAACCAUCACUGAGUAAUGUCACUGGUAAAUAUUUUGACAAUUGCAAAGAACGAAGUGCUUCCAGCCUGGCUACGGACUUAGGGUUGGCUAAAAGGCUUUGGGACUUAUCAGAAAAGAUGACAGCCAGUUAUUUGGGACUAAAGACUGAGAAUAACAAAACCAUGCCUUGAACUAUCAAUACAAAAAGAUACAAACACUUUACUUAAGUACUUUGUAAAUUAAUUAAGCUCUAGAUAUGUUUAUCCCUACUUGAAUCGGCUAAAAUUUACAAUUUUCUCAAUCACAAAUCUUAGGUUUGUUUUUUCUGUGAAUUUAACAAACAGUAAAUGGGUUCUAAAAAUGUACUUGCAAUGUACUUUAUCUUACUUUUUGAUUUUCUCGUUAUAAAUAUGUUUCUCUAUCAA